UUUAUUGCAUUCGCCGUCUGGUAACACUGCAAAAUAAAGAAGCCGCUUUAUAAUUUUUUUUGUCGAAAAUAAACGCAAAAUAACAACUGAAAGGCUUAAUAAAAAGAUUGUCCACUGCAUUUAACCAACCAUAACUACGAUCCGCCAUGGCUCUUGUGAAACCUAAAUCUGAACUGACUCCAGAGGAGCUGGCGCGCCAGGAGGAGGAGGAGUUCAACACAGGGCCGCUGUCCGUGCUCACACAAUCCGUGAAGAACAACACCCAGGUCCUCAUCAACUGCCGCAACAACAAGAAGCUUCUGGGGAGAGUAAAGGCCUUCGACCGCCACUGCAACAUGGUCCUGGAAAACGUGAAGGAGAUGUGGACGGAGCUGCCGCGCACAGGAAAGGGCAAGAAGAAGGUGAAGCCCGUGAACAAAGAUCGCUUUAUAUCUAAGAUGUUCCUUCGCGGCGACUCCGUCAUUCUGGUACUCAGAAAUCCCCUAGCCACGGCGGCCGGGAAAUAGUCUACCUUAGCAAUAACGUUCAGUAUAAUUACCACCAAUUGCAGUCAAUAAAUCCACAAUUCGAUUACUUUUGUCAAGAA